AUGUCAGAAAACGAGUCACUUGUGCGCAACAUCAUAACCGAAUCUCUAACUGAAGAUUAUAAAAUUUUUGUACCUGAAUAUUACAUUAUUAUUUGGUUGGACUUUAAUAGUGGCGAACCGUUUGACACGUCGAAUUUCACUUAUGAGUACCUUUGGCAAAAUGUUGACAUACAACAAAACAGGUUUACUGAUUGUGUGCUCUGCUACCAUCGUAUUCUGUCAUUACAAGAUCGACACGAGAAAUUGUUUCUUGUCAUUACAGAUCCCAAAAAACCAAUGAUCCAACGAGAUUUAUUCUUAUUAUUGAGCCGACUUAUGUAUGAGCCUCAAGUUUCAAAAAUUUAUAUUAUAGAAACAAAAUUUGAUUUUACUUUCUAUCGUUAUUGGCUUCGAUUUAAGAAACAGCAGCAAAUGUUCUUUAUUCCGAAUGAAUCAUUACUUCUAGAAAAGCUAACAGAGAACAGAGUAGAAAACACCAUUGUGAUCUGUUUAAAUACUGGUAAAAGUGAAAUUAUGGAUCUAAGUGAUUAUAAAUUCGCUAGAAUUUUUUCCAAUGCUGACGAAUGUUUUAAUUAUAUCGUAUCGAAUCGGCAUCAGCAGAUGAUUUUAGUGAUCAAUUCACAAAAUUCAAAUGUAUUCACUUACUCAAAAGCAUUGUCAUUAUUGUUUUCCACUAAAUACUAUAUAUACAUGCUUUCAAUAUUAUCAAAAAUCUACAUAUUGACAAAAACUCGAUCUAAGCAAAUGGAUAUAAAGGAAACAGAUUUUUUUACUAAUUUUGGUCUAUUUCAAAAACAAUUAGAAAACGAUAUCUCCCCAAAUUCACCUUACCAAUGUAAUAAUGAAGUGAUUUAUUCUUCAAGUUUAGAAAUCUUACAAAUGUCAUUAAGAAGUGUGUCAACAGAACGAUUCUAUUAUUAUACAAAUCUUAUUGCAAAAAUGCUACAGACACCCGAUGCAAAGAGAGAAAUGAUCGAAGAGUGUAAACAAUAUUAUCGGAAUGAUCCAUAUGAACUGGAAAAAAUUGAUAAGUUUGUUAAUGAAUAUUAUGAAAAACACAAGGGUAGUGCGAUUUGGUGGUAUACACAUGAUUCAUUUCUUUAUCGGCGAUUAAAUGAUGCUUGUAGAACAGAGGAUAUUGAUUUGAUAUAUACAUUUCGUAACUUCAUUUCUGACUUAUUACAACAAUUGCAGGAAGAAUAUAAAAAGUUUUAUGAUGACAUAUGUGGUGUUCGAAUAACAGUCUACAGAGGACAAUGGAUAUCUAGUUAUGAAUUAAAGCAACUUCGAAACAAUAUUGGUAGUCUGUAUUCAAUCAAUACUUUUCUUUCAACAACAGGAGAUCUUAAUGUAGCAUUGAAAUUUACCGAUAUUAAUUGUGAAUGUUCUCAAUUACAAGCUGUGGUUUUUCAAUACAACAUAGAUACAUCUAUCAUAACAAAGCGGCCUUAUGCUGAUAUUAGACACUUAAGUAGCAAGCCAUCAGAAGAAGAAGUAAUGUUUUCAAUGGGAACUAUUUUUGAAAUUCAAUCUAUUGAACAAAAAGCUACAGACGAUGGAAACAAAAACUGUACUUACUGGAGUAUAGAAAUGAAACUCGUCAAUGAAGAUGAAGAUGAACGUAUAGCACCAAUAUUGAAGAAUUUUAAAAUAAAAGUCCAACGUAGACCACCUUUAAUACUCCUUGGUGAUGUGGCCGCACGAAAGUCUCGGUUUUCAAAUGAUUUUUGUAAAGCAGAACAAUAUUAUAGAUUAUAUCUUGACGAAGUAUUAACUAUGAAUGAUAAAAUAGACUGUACAAAUCUUAUGAUUGCAUACAGUAGCCUUGGAUACAUCUGUAGAAAAAAAGGAGAUUAUGCUGCCAGUAUUGGAUACUAUGAAGAGAUUAUUAAGAUUUGUUCGUCACUUCCUUGCUCGCUAUCAAAGCAAGCGCAAGAUUCAAUAAGACUAAGUGAAAUUCCACUGGCUUACCGUUCAAUAGCUUAUAUUUAUUAUUAUUGCACACUAGAGUAUAAAAAAGCAGUUAACACUUAUAAAGAAUUACUCAAGUUUCUACGAAGCCAACACUCUAGCUGUAAAGUUUGUCUUACUAACACUAUGCACACUAUUGGCGAUGUUUUCAAGGCACGAGGUCAUUUGUCAGAGGCACUUGAGUUUUAUAGAAAAGCAUAUGUGUUAAACAUUAAUGAUACCAACUAUGAUCGAACUCAACUGGAUGAUACAGAAGAAAAGCUAUCGAAAAUGCAAAGUCGAUAUCCUGAGUUGUUAUUUCUUAUGUUAUUAUUUAUUUGGUGUUUUUCGUAUUCUUUUCAUAUUUGGCGUGUAGAUGAGAUAAUGUUAGAAAACUUCAUGCCAUUAUCUUUGAUACAUUUAGUUAUAUACUAUACGAUUCGGUACUCUACUAAGAAAGGCUAUUAUAGAAAUCGACGUUGUCUAACACGAUUUAAUGAGAUAAUCGGAAAAAUUAAAAACCAAUUUAAAAGCGGUCGAAUUCAACAACGAAUAAAACAAUUUUUACGUCAUGAUUGUAAGAUUAUUCCACCAUUUAUAUCUUUCCCAACUCAGCAGUGGUUUUUAUUCAUUGAUAAAAACCGUGUAAACAAACAAAUAUUUAGUUUUAUUGCAGGAAUUCUACUGUUAGCAGUUUAUUUGCCGAAUCUUUUCUUAUUAGUUACCAGAAUUUUAAUGAUUAUGUUUAUCGCAACUUGGUUAUCUGAUUUCAAUGUUCUUCAGUGUUUUACUCUAUUCAUUCUUUGUAAUUAUUGUCACAAUCAAAUAUUGUUAUUAUUGCUUGUCUUCAUCGUUCUGUUGGAAUUUGAUUUAGAACUAGUUGCUGAAGAAAGACGACGACCACUACUAACUCGCUCUUGCUGUAAGUGUGAAAUAUUUCAUGAUCGUUCAACAGAGGUAGAUAUUAUCAAGGAGUUACCUUAA